AUGAGCAUCAGCUUUAAAAUUCAUUACAUCACAAAACCAAAUGAGACGCUUUAUGUAGUCUUUGACAAAGGUGGUGAGGUGCCUCUUACUUCACAAGAAGGUGGAUUUUGGACUGGUGACUUUAAAUUCACACCUCCACAACACUUGGUUUGGAGUUAUGUAGUCAGAGACGUCAAUAAUCACACCGACCUCAGACAAGAAGAAGUCAUAGGUACUCGUGAGCACGACUUUGUUACAAAAUCCGAUGUACGUGAUUGGUGGUAUUACCCAUGGUUAACAGAAAUUGUCGAGGAUCUUACUGAGUUAAAAAAACAAGAGGAAGAGCGCAUCCACAAAGCUGAGAUAGAGCGAAUGGAAGCCGAAGAAUCCGAAAGACGCAGACGUGCUAAGAUUGAGGAAAUGGAAGCCGAGGAAGCUGAACGAAAAAGAAGAGCACAAGUUGAGGAAAUGGAAGCUCAAGAGGCUGAGCGCCGAAGACGUGCCAAGAUCGAAGAGAUGGAAGCUGAAGAAGCGGCUCGUAAAAAGAAAAAGGCUGAAGAAGAAGAGGCCGAAAGAAAAAGAAAAGAAGAAGAAAGAGUAGCAUCACCACCACUUAUGAAAUCACCAACACCCGAAGAGAAAGAGAAGAAAUUGAAAAUCAGAUUGUGUGGGAGUGAGUCGAAUUGGGACUUGUUCAAAUUGUGGACUGGAAAGGCGUGUGCUGAAGUCUUGUACGACAGUGAGACCGACGAUUUCGAUGCUAACACCUUCAACAAAUGCGUCGAAGGAAACAGUUCGAUUAUCCUGUUUGUUCACUCGGGGCCUUACAUCUUCGGGUCAUACACAUCCACCGCUCUUCCCGAAAUCAAGAAGGGACAAUACGUUGAAAAUGAUAGAAAGUCGUUCGCUUUUUCAUUUGUCAACCCAUAUGACCACGAACCAAUCAGAUACGUCUGCGACGACUGCAAGAAGACUUUGCGAUUCUUUGACAACGACGACAGCGAAAAUGUCGUUGGUGUUCAUAACUUCUUCACUAUCAAGAAAGACAAAGAACAGUGCAUUAUACACAAGGAUUUCACUGAUAGUUACAAUGAAACUACUGGGAGAGGUGCUCAAAUGUUCGUAAGAAGCGUCGAACCAAACACUUUCCCAUGCAAAGAAAUCAUUGUUGUUAAGUUGGUCUUCAAGAAAGACCUUGGAAAAUCCACUGUUGCGCAUUAA